AUGGCAGCGCAGUCCAUGGUGGCGCGGUCGCUGGCGGUGGGCCUUCGGCAUGCCCUCACUCGGCCUCGAACCAUCGGUUUUCCAAAGGUUUUCAGAGCUUACCAUCCAGCAAUGGAGCUGCAGCAGACGCGGCAGCUGAGGACAUCCGCGGCACCUCUACUCGCUGUGCAGCAGUUCAAGCUGGCAGACAUCGGGGAGGGCAUUGCGGAGGUGCAGCUUACGGAGUGGUUCGUAAAGGAGGGUGACCAGGUGAAGGAGAUGGACAACGUUUGCAGCGUGGAGUCCGACAAGGCGUCGGUAGAGCUCACGAGCCCCUACACGGGCAAAGUGCUGAAGCUCCACCACAAGGUCCAAGACACCGUGAAGGUGGGUUCGGUCCUUAUCGACGUUGACACGGGCGGCCCUGCGGAUGCCCCAGCAGCAGCCGCCCCAGCAGCCGCCCCAGCAGCCCCGGCCGCCCCCGCCACACCGGCCGCUCCAGCCGGUGCGCAGGUGCAGCCGUUCAAGCUGGCGGACAUUGGGGAAGGGAUCGCAGAAGUGCAGCUGACCGAAUGGUUUGUCAAGGAAGGUGAUGCCGUCAAGGAGAUGGACAACCUUUGCUCCGUCGAGAGCGACAAGGCUUCUGUGGAGCUCUCGAGCCCUUUCACGGGCAAAGUGGUCAAGAUUUACCACAAGGUGCAAGACACAGUCAAAGUGGGCAGCACAUUGGUCGACAUCGAAGUUGCGGGUGCAGCUCCUGCCGCCGCUCCUGCAGCUCCAAGCCCAAGCCCAGCCCCCAGCCCCAGCCCUGCAACUCCGACUCCGGCGCCUUCAGCGCCGUCAGCGCCUUCAACACCUGCGCCGGCAGCUUCCAAGGCUGGUGCCCCUGCUCCGGGAGUUCUGGCAACGCCGAAGGUGAGGGGCUUGGCCAAGCAGUUGGGCGUGGACCUCGCUUCCGUGAAGGGCACAGGUGCCAACGGGCGGGUGCUCGAAGAGGACCUGCGGGCGGUUGCAAGCGGCAAGCCCGCAAGUGCUGCAGCCCCUCCAGCCAUGUCAAGGCCCACCGAGGACCAGACGAUCCAAAUCACGGACAACGUGGGCAAAGGGAUGGUAAAAUCUAUGCAGGCUUCUCUUUUGGUGCCUUACAUGGCGCUAGGGGAGGAGAUCGACAUGACAGAGAUGCUGGCUUUGCAGAAGCAGCUGAAGGAUUAUGCGCUGAAGAAGCAUGGCACGAAGGUCACGGUCACGUCUUUUAUGCUCAAGGCCAUCUCCUUGGCCCUGAACGACAACCCGAAGAUCAACUCGAAGUUCGGGCCGUCGGACGCAAACCCUCCGAGCUACACCGUCUUUGCCCAGCACAACAUCUCAGUCGCCGUGGACACGCCUCACGGCCUGAUGGUGCCAAACAUCAAGGACGUCGGGGGCAAGAACGUCCUGGAAAUCCAGAACGAGCUGAUGCGGAUUGCGGCCGCAGCUCAAGCGGGCAAGUUGGCGCUCUCGGACAUCCAGGGUGGGACCAUCACACUGUCAAACAUUGGUGUCAUCGGCACCAAGGACCCUCGGCCCAUCCUCUUCGACGGGCAGGCUGUGAUCGGGGCAACCGGGAGGACCAUGGUGUUGCCCCGCUACAAUGCCAAGAUGGAGUUGGUGCCCCGGCAAGUCAUGAACAUUCGCUGGGUUGGGGAUCACCGGCACCUGGAUGGUGCCUCGCUGGCACGCUUCUCCAAUUCCUUCAAGCAGUACAUGGAGGCUGGGGGAGCACAAACCAAAGAGAAGAUACGACCGGAUCUGAUCAUGUGUUCAUUCUUUCUCUCCUUCUCCGCGCUGCCUAUCUAG